AUGAAGUACUUUCUUCUGCCAACUCAUUUAGCAUUUCUCUGUAGCUUUGCACUAAGUAAACCUGUCCAGAUAGCUACAAGAAAGAAUGACUUAGGUGAGUCUGAUUGCAAUUCACAGAAUUCAGGUAGUGAAAUAGCUGUGUAUGAAGGAGACAUCCUUCUGAGAAGAGGGCGACGCAGUGCAAUUAACUGUGAGAGCUGUUUGUGGCCCAAGUCACAGGAUGGACUGGUCAAGGUUCCAGUUAACAUCUCUUCUGAUUUCUCAAUAACAGAGAGGUCUUGGAUUGCUGAUGCUUUGCAAGAGAUCUCCACGCUGACCUGUGUGCAAUUUGUAAAUCGCACUACAGAAACAGACUAUGUUUAUGUUGAACGAGGGCAGAGCUGCUGGUCUUACUUUGGAAAGAUUGGAGGACGCCAAGCAGUAGGCCUGGUGAAAAAUGGUUGCAUGGAUAAAGGAGCAAUUCAGCAUGAAAUGAACCACGCACUGGGUUUCAUCCAUGAACAGGCACGGAGUGAUCGGGACAGGUUUGUCAAGAUUAUGUGGGAACACAUAGUGGCAGGGGAACAAGGGAACUUUGGAAAAAUGAAUUCCAAAAACCUGGGCCUUCCCUAUGACUACUCUUCAGUGAUGCACUAUGGCGCGUAUGAUUUCUCCAGCACUCCAGGAAAACCAACUAUUGUACCAGUUCCUGACCCCUCUAUACCUAUUGGGCAGAGAGAUGGGCUGAGUAACUUGGAUGUAGCUAAAAUCAACAAGCUCUACAAGUGCAAUUGCUGUAGCUCUGUGUUGCCUAAACCCAAAGGCUCAUUCUCCUCUGCCAAUUACCCAUCCCCGUACCCGAACAACAGCAACUGCCUGUGGUUGAUCCGCAUCCGCCGAAGUAAGAUCUUCCUGCAGUUUGAGACUUUUGAUCUCCAACGCUCCUCAGACUGUUCUUCUGACUAUAUAAAAAUUUACAAUGGGAACAGCAAGAGCUCCCCUGUCUUGCUGGACAAGUACUGUGGGAAGGGGCCACUGCCCUCCUUAGUGGCAUCUGGAUCCACAAUGCUGGUAGAGUUUGCAAGCGAUGAGAGCAUUACAGCCAGAGGAUUCAGAGCCUCCUACACCAGGGUGAAUUGUGGAGCCACUUUCACAGAUUCAAAGGGAGUCAUCACCUCUCCAAACUAUCCCAAUAAAUACCCCAAAAACCGAGCAUGUUUCUGGGUCAUCACUUCUCCAGUAGGAUACAAGAUAUCUCUCAAAAUGUUAUCCUUUGAGCUGGAAUAUAGUGACAGAUGUGUCUAUGACUACUUGCUCAUACAUGAUGGAAGCCGCCCUAUGUCACCUGCAGUUGGCCCUUAUUGUGGGACAGAGAAGGUUGCAGACUUUACUUCCACUGGGAACUUUGUGCUGGUUGAAUUCCACAGCGAUUUAGUGUGGGAGUUGCCUGGAUUUGUGAUGAGUUAUACAUUUGCUAGGUAA